CCUUGCGCAGUUGAGAAUCUCAACUUGAGAUUGAUAAAAUUAAUCAUAAACAUUAUCUAAUGUAUUAUAAGUACACGGCUCCAAAGUGUCGUUUACCUGCGUAUGGCAUUUCGCAAUAGCUAAACACGCUCCUGUUUAAUCAUACUAUACGUUAUGGAAGCACCUGAAAGCGAUACAUUGGGAAGCAGUUGCAUGUAUCAGUAUGAUAGCACCGCGUUCAUUGCGAGAGGAAGGUUUGGCAUUGUCUACCGAGGGAAUAUUACGGGAUCUGGUGGUGAUAUUGGAGCAACUGCAGUUGCGGUGAAAGUGACGCAUUUGUACCGGGAAUCCGAUCACUACAGUAAUGCGGACAGCUGGAGAAGACUGCGCGAUAGGUGGACUAAACUGCUUACUAUUCGACACAGCCAUUUGCUCAACUACCACAAAAUAUCGAUCAAUACAUCGACAGGGGGAGCGUCUGUGGAGUUCUUAAUGGAGUACUGCAACGGCGGCGAUUUGGCGAAUCUCCUCAGUAAAGUACGCACAGCGCACCAGGGAACGGAAUUUCUCCGUCCAACGAAAUUGCUCUGCUACGCUUUGCAAAUAUGUAGCGGAUUGGAAUUCCUCCACGAGCACAAGAUAAUCCACGGUGAUUUGAAACCGGCGAACAUCCUGCGCCACUGCCAUGCAAACCAUGACCGGGUAUUAAUUGGCGAUCUGGACGAUUUCACCCAGAUGCACCACACCGUCACCAGCUCCUACGAUAUCCCGACACUCCGCGGCAGUAUUCGCUACAUGUCACCGGAAAUGCUGAGGAAAUUUGGCGAUGUGCCGACCGCUUCGCCGGGUCGCGCGACGGAUAUCUGGAGUUUCGGAUGCAUCCUUCACGAGCUGUUGAACUGUAGCUACGGUGCUGAUAAGCAAGUACUGCAUAUGGUUGUUCCAACAGCGGAAGGUUCUUCGGUUGCACAUUACUGUCAUAUUCAGCAACGUACCAAUGACAACGUGUUUGCGAUGAACGUGAUGAAUGGAGCAGCACCAUAUGUCAACGAGCGGGUACCGUCGAAUUUCCGUGAACUUCUAGUGCACGAGUUGUUUGUUGACAGCAACCGUCGCUUAACGGCAGCAUACCUUAAAAGUGCUUUAAUAAAAAUCGCAUGGGAAUUGUGUCCAAAUUAUACGUUCACGCCAUGGACGGAAGAUGAUCAAGACUGCAUUUGCCGGAAUAAUCUCUCCAGAAUAAACAAUCUCUGGUUAAAUAAGCAUGAAAAGCUUUUAUUUAUCCAUAAGCUGUACGGAACCGGGGUUAACUAUCCAGGUUCGGAACGCCUGACAUUCACUGUAUUACAGUUAUACGACCCAGUUGCCAAAAAGCUUCGUGAAGUUCAACUUCCGGGACACCCGCAUUCGGAUUGCCAUGUUCUUUCUUCGUACGUCGUAAUGGGAAGCCGUUUAUUCUUUCAAGUGAAAGUGUGCGGAAAAUUUACUAAAGAAUCUGUGUACAUCAUGGCGAUAGAUAUCCUGACGGGGAAAUGGUCCAUUCUUAACGCUAACUUCGCAGUCAAAGCGUGGUACCGAACACCGAUGGCAAUUGGGAACAGGAUUUAUUCCUUCGAAACCCCGAAUUUGAAUGAACAGCACAGACUCUUGAAUGUAGCGGCCGUUGACGGGGAUAACAUCGUCUUGGAGCAGUCUUUUACUGUUUUAAUCACACAGGAAGGCGCCAACGAGAGUGACAUCUGUGAACUGCCACCAAAACUGAACUUUGCAAGGGAAAUGAUGAUAGUCUUCUGCAGGAAUGCUCCGACUAUGGCCGUGGUUAACGACGGACAAAGCAUCUUCAUCCUGAACACGGCAUUAUGCAUAAUAAUCAACGCCUCUACUGGCGAAUGGGAGUUCGUACGCGAAAUGCCCGCUGAGCACCAGCGGUUGGAUUAUGCUUGCGCUGUUAUGGAGAAUCACGUGUACAUUACGGGCGGAAUGCAUGUGGCGGGAAAAAUUCUGGAUACCUGUGUACGAAUUGACAGUGCCAGCCUGGAACUGGAACCGAUCGCCAACCUGCGGCGACCAAGACAGAAGCACGGAGCUUUUGUUUCGGAUGGGCGCCUGUACGUUUUCGGUGGUUGUACUCAAAGCGAUCCAUCUGGUGAGGAGGGUGAUCUGGCACAAACCAUGGAGGUUUAUAACCCGGAAACGAAUAUUUGGGAAGAAGCGUCGCUCGAGAAUCUGGACAAGCGAUGUUAUCUGAACAAGAAACUGAUAGAUAGUGCGUGCUUCCGGUUGACGAGAUAAUUAACGCACAAAAACGAUAAGAUAAUUUCAUCAUUUUCAACCGGCAAAAUGCUUGUGAGAAUAACUGCAAUUUUUCUGGAUCUCAAAAAUUCAUUUUUGCCUUUUAUUAUGUAAUCUCUUGUUGGUUUUGCCAAAAAUAGUGGAGUU